AAACGAAACACAGCAGUGGGUGAAGAGUGGAUAAAUGUUAUGUUUCAGAAAGGUGUCGUAAAAUGUUGCAUGUUUUCGGCGGUGACAAAGCAUUUAAGUUAGCCAUUUGUGAAUGCUACGUAUGCUAGCUGCUAACGUUAGCUUCGCCGCAAGCUAACUGCUAACUCACUGACACUUGACGUUCAUCUUGGCUGGCAGCUGUUGAUUAACGACCCUUAAGAGAUUUUAAUUCUAGGUAGCUUGAGAAGCAUGGAGGAUAAGGAUGCGUUCAAAUACAGUCCAAGAGGAGGUGCUGCUAGUUUGCAGUCUCCAUCCGACUUGCACCUUCACCAUCCUCGUCACCUGACUGAUGAUGUUUCUGAUUACAGCGGCAGGACUGAACUGAGAAAUAAUCUACCCGCUUCUGGACACCAUGACCAAAUGCAAGAGGCUUUACUUCCUGAAGGAGGUGACAGACCCAGACUGAAGAGGACUCCCAUCCAAAAUCUCAACGACAAACUUGAUUCUGACGACGUCAUAUUGGAAGACGUGGAUGAAGGAUCAGAUGAUGACACAGCUGUCCUCUCUCUCCCCGUUUGGAGAACUGACUGGCACAAGAGUCACAUGGCCGUCAUAAGUAGCGAGAAGUUCGACAGCCUCCUGAAGAUGUGUCCUGAUUUCUAUGGCUGUAAGAGCCACAUGGCAGCAUUUGUACUGAUAAGAGAGGUGCUGGACACGGAGGGUCGCCCAUGUGAGCAGUACAAGGUGGUGGCGUUGGGAGCCGGACGCUCAAGCAGCAAGUCGUGGCUUUGUUACAACGGGAUUAUGGUCCAUGACUGUCACGCUAUCGUCAUCGCCAGACGAGCUCUUCUUAGGUUUCUGUACAAACAGCUUCUGCUGUUCUUUGAUGCCGAUCCAAAGGCCAAGGAGAACUGUAUUUUUGAGAGCAGUGCAGACAGCCACCAGCUUCAGCUCAAACCCAACAUCAGUCUGCAUCUCUACACCAAUCAGUGUCCUGAAGGAGCAGCUAAGAACUUCCACUUCAAAGGCCCUGCUAACAACAUCUAUACCACCAUGAAGCUGCAGUAUCACACCAAGGGCCUGCUGGUCCCUGCAGCCUACCUCGACCCGAGCCUCCUGGGUUCCAGAGUCUGCUGCAUGUCUGGAAGUGACAAGCUGUGCCGCUGGACCGUCACUGGGGUCCAGGGAGCCUUACUGAGCCACUUCAUCCAGCCACUCUACAUCACCAGCAUGGUGCUAGGGACCCAGAAGCUCUUGAAUGCCGAAAUGUCUGAUAUCACCAACAAGCGACUGAGUGAUCAACUGGAGGACUUUCUGCCGCCAUCCUAUAAAAAACACAACAUCUUCUUAGUCUGUGGCGACUACGUGGGGCCCAGUGUGGCCUCACGACAGCACAACGAUCUCGGCAUCAACUGGUGCCUCGGAGACAAGGAUGUUGAAGUUCUGGACAGUAGCAACGGCUUCAUUGUUGAUGGCUCUCCAUCUGUGAGUGGACCUGGUUUCUCUAGCAGACUUUGUAAGAGAGCUCUCUACAGUUACUUCCUCAGAGUUGCACAGCUCGGUGAGCACAGCUACCUGCUGGAGCUGCCCACCUACCACAGUGUCAAGGUGGAGGCCUUCGCCUACCAGACAGUCAAAGAUCAUGUCAAAGAACAGUUUCUGAGCAACCACGCCGGCGUCUGGAGUUCAAAAAAGCUGGUGGACUGUUUUAGCGUCUGAAUGUGUUCAUAGUAACAAGCUGUGCAGAUCAUCCGAGUUCCUCUGGAGAUGUUGUUUCUGUUGUUCUGUAUACUUCACUAAUUACCCAUAAAAAGUAAUCUGGGUUUUGUUUUAUGCAUAAUGUUGUUGUUUUCAGUUUGUGUAGGUGUCUGAGAAAAAUAAAGGAGACCCUGCUGCCGAGCACCA